CGAACAGCUAACAACAUACGAUCCAAGAACGUUCAAAGCACCCAGCCAACAUGCGUAUUCUGCUCGUCCUCUCCAUUGUCUUGGCCGUGAUCCUCGGCUGCCACGCCUACAGUGCCACCUGGGGGCGUAGGAACAGCACCGACUACCUGCUGUCCCGCACCACUGAGGCCCGCAAACCGGUCAAGAACAACUACUGGAACAUCAACGUCAACUACCCCACCGGCAAAUACAACAUCUCGGCCGUGAUCGUCUACGACAACUUCAAGAACAAUUCCGGCGCGAAUCCGAGUCUUUAUUCCGGCGGUCCGGGCUACCGUUUCGCCACCGUCAACCUCCGCGGCCUGGUCAGCCAGGGUAUCGACUCCACCGUCGAGAUCUGGGGACGCUAAGUGAUCUUUUGAAUCUAUUACAACCGAAUAAAACACGAUGAUAAGUUAAUUGAAACCAA